CCGUGUUGUUAGGGAGACCCAUUGCCGAGAGACCAGGUAUGGGUUGAUGCUCAUUCUAUCCUGAAGAGAGUUAAUUGUAUUCACACCAACUUCUUCUUGAAAUACAAGACCCAGGAUGAACUGCAGUCAGGCUCCUGGCUUUAUCCUUUUGGGACUGUCCAGUGACCCAGAGAAAUGGCAGCUCCUCUUUAGCCUUUUCCUUGUUCUCUACUUGUUGGGCCUUUUAGGGAACCUGCUACUCCUGUUAGCUAUUGGUACUGAUGUCCACCUGCACACUCCCAUGUAUUUCUUCCUCAGUCAGCUCUCACUUGUGGAUCUUUGCUUCAUCACCACCAUAGGCCCUAAAAUGCUGGAGUCUCUGUGGACUGGAGAUGGUUCAAUCUCAUUCUCUGGAUGCCUGACCCAGUUGUACUUCUUUGCUGUUUUUGCUGACAUGGAUAACCUGCUUCUGGCAGUUAUGGCAAUUGACCGCUAUGCUGCUAUCUGCCAUCCACUGCUCUACCCACUUCUCAUGACUCCUUGUAGAUGUGGGGUUCUGGUCGGUGGGUCAUGGGGAGUAGCUCAUUGUGUGUCUCUGACCCAUACUUUGUUGCUCUCUCAGGUAUAUUUUCAUACCAAUCAAGAGAUUCCUCAUUUUUUCUGUGAUUUUAGGCCUCUCUUAUUGCUUUCCUGCUCUGAUGCUCAACUCAAUGAGGGUCUGAUGAUGGCUUUGGCUGGAGUUUUAGGAAACAGUGCGCUUUUCUGCAUUGUAAGUUCUUAUGGUUGUAUUUUUCGUGCUGUGGCUAGAGUUCCAUCAGCACAGGGGAAAAGAAAAGCCCUGGCCACAUGCAGUUCCCACCUGUCUGUAGUCCUCCUUUUCUACAGCACAGUCUUUGCCACCUACCUGAAGCCCCCAUCUAGUUCUCGUUCCUCUGGGGAGGUGGUAGCUGCUGUCAUGUAUACUCUGGUAACUCCCACUCUGAACCCCUUCAUUUAUAGUCUGAGAAAUAAGGAUGUUAAGAGUUCACUAAGAAGAAUCCUGAAUAUGAUGAAGUCUCACGUCUAAGCAAGGAUCACAACCC